GGAAUCGUCCGUCGUGACGUCACGCCGUUGCUACAACUAAAAAGUUGGAGACUUGUCUGGGACAUUUUCGGAAAAGUUGCAGGACUUUUCUCCCGGUUUUGCAAUAUUUUUACAACAUAAGUGCACCCGUAUACGCCUGUAUCUUCAUUUUUUAGCUGAUAAAGUUUAGUUUGAGCCAUGACGGCGGCCCAAGAAGAAGAAAACCAAGAGUCGGAGGAGCCCGCCCCCCCUCCUCCCGAUCUGAGUAUCAACCUGGCCAUGGCAGCCGCCCUGAGCGGGGAGGUGUCGCGGUUGUGCCGGGCUUUGGACGACGAAGAAGACCCUUACCAUCCACAGAUCCAGGAACGACUGAAUGAGAGAGACUUGGAAGGGAAGUCUCCGCUGGACAUGGCCUCCAUGUUGGGGAGAGACAACGUGGUGAAGGAGCUGCUGGUACGAGGGGCUGAUCCAAACAUCGCAACACCCAGGGGUUACACCGCGCUCCACCGGGCAGCAUCCUGGGGCAAGCUGGGGUGUCUGAAGAUCCUGGUACAGUUCCAGGCCGACCUUCAGAAGAAGUCGCACCACGGCGAGCGGGCGAGGGAGAUCGCCGUCAGAUACGGGAUGGACGACUGCGUACAGUAUCUAGAUAGACAAGAAGCGAGACAAACGUUGAAAUCUUACGUUGCGUCGAUGAGGGAAACCCUGGCAGACCCUGAGAAGAUGGGAGCAGCAAAGCUAACCAAGGAAGAAAAAUCAUCCACGAAUGCGGCUCUGACAGAAAAGGAGCAGUGGUUAGAGAACACCACCGACGCUUCCGUUCAGGACUAUCUGGACAAGAAGAACGAACUAGAACAACAGAUGGAAACUGUCAUGCUGAAAAUCUCAGGCCAGGCACCUGAAACUCCAGCAGGCAAGAAGUAAAGGGCUGGAUGAUGUGCUCCUUCUGAGAACGACUUUUUAAGGAGUUGGAUUGACUAAGAGAUUUUAGGGUUCAAUAUCAACUUCCUACUGUUGUAGCUGAUACUGUGAUAGUAACAGACACAUCUGAUUGUCCAAAGAGUUUGUACUAAGUAACAGUAAACAGUGCUUCAUCGUGAUGGAUAAAAUAAGGUCUGUCCUAGUAUGACCUGUCAUCACCCAAUGAGAAAAAAACAACAUUGGGGGUUGCAAGAAGACAGUUAUCUUUGCACUCAGGUGUCAUCGUGCCAGGAAAUUUUUUUUUACAAAAUUAUUCAGAAGCAAUAUUUGCACUGUGAAAGGGACACAGUAGUCACCUACUAAACAAGCUGUUUUGUUGUUUGAGAUGUUGUAUAUAUUCCUUAUGUACUGAUUUUAUAUAAAUCUACCCAGCCACUAGAUUUUUAAAGAGGAUGCUGGAACAUGCAGUACUUUUAUAUCCACAGCAAAACACCUAUGGACACUUUCAACAUGUAUAUACAUGGUGAAUCUCCGAAUUUCACCACAUCUGCCAAAUGAAUAAUUCCUAAUAUUAUUACAUACUUUGGGUGCACAAUGUGGAAAAAAUUAUGACCACUGUUUAUGUCAUAGUUGGAUUCCAAUAAAUGUAUUCAGCAAUACAA